GCGACCAACAAACACUAACAUGACAGUGACUGUUCAGAGAAGUUCCUCCUUUUUAACUUCCAUCCUUCAUCACUUCCCAGUCCUGUUUUUCCUUAAACUCAUAUUUUCAUAGACAGAAUGAAGUCCGUCACAGGGACCGUUAUUAACCCUCUCAGGAACAGAACAGGAUCUUGCAGACAGGCUCUAAAAUCUGUCCUGCUUUAUCUCUGGGAUGUUUACUCUGCACCUGCACCUGCUGGCAGACACGUCCUGACUCUACUGACUCUCUGUAUCACACUCGCCAUUAUCACUGGCGGCCUGCUUCAUCACUGGCUGUCAAACACUCUGAAAUACAACGAUGAAGCGUCGAUUCAGACCACCUGCAUCUACAGUGUGGCCAUGUUCCUGGUCUCCUUCCUGUGUCACCCUCUGCGCUGCGUGCUCACCAUGACUCUGCCCACCGUCUGCACCAAACAGGGACGUAAACUCCUCAUCUCGGCCUCUGUCAUGAUUUUAGUUUUGAACGUCGUCCCUAAUAUCACAGUGAAUGUCGGUGCGGUCGCACGCAUCCUGAAGUGCACGGCUGAGGGUUUUACCAAGACUUUACUGAACUCAUCUGAACCGUUGAACAAAGCAAAGCGAGACCUUGUUGAGGAAGCCAUCAAAGUGAAAAGGGAAGACUUGAGCAUCGUCACCAACUUGAGGAAGUUAGAUCAUUUCACACAUGUUAAUGUGUCAGAAGUCAAAAGCAGGUUUACUAAGAUGAUUGGGCAGAUAGAGGUCAACUUCUCACAUGCCAGGGACCUGAUAAAAGAAUACAAACUGUUGUCAAACCGGAUCCUUGCUGCCAUUUUUGUUGCUUUACUAAUAUUUGAAUCUGCACGCUACUUGAAAUCUUAUCUGACAUCAGUUCAGUUUGAUAAUGGCUACAUUUCCAAAGAACUCCUAGAUAAAGUGACUCCUGCUGGCAACAAAAAGACAGCUAAAAAUAAAAAGUAUCUCACGAGAUACAAAAUAACAAGUGAUGAAUGUACCUCUUGCUUCAUAGCACUGGUUGUGGUAACAUUAUAUUUCAUUGCAAUAACGUUAAUAGUAGCUUUGGAUCAUGUUGUGUAUCACAUAGUGCAGGUGAUUGUGCCAUGGUUACUGGAUUUUCCACCGACAUCUGCCAGCAUAAAUGUCAAUUAUAAGGUACAAUGGUUCCCCCCUGCUUUUUGCAUUAUCCCACAAUCCUGUGUCACACGGGAGAUCACAAACUUCCACAGGGAAUACAAGUGGACCUUCAACCCCGAGCCAUCGCUCUGUGAUGUGUCAACUUCAGCUCCGAACCAAGGAGUCCGGCUCCUGCUGGGUUGUCUCUGGCUGAUGAGCUACUCUCUGGUGUUCCUCGAGGUUUACGCAAGACGGCUGCGCAGGAAGAUCUCUGCAUCCUUUUUCAGAGAGCAGGAGGAGAGGAGAAUAGAUUACCUGAUGAAGAAAAUACAAGUGAAGCUGAAUAAAAAAGAACAAAAAGAGACAGUUUCUGUUGAGGUUGCCCGUGGCUGAACUUUCACUGCACAAUGCAAUGCUUGUCUAAUUAUUCUGAUGUUUUUAGCCAUGCUGGCAAUGUGGCUACGUAUGGCAACAACAACUAUCAGAUGGAUUACCAUGAAAUUUUAGAUAAUCAUUCAUGUUCUCCAGACAAUAAAGCCUACUGACUGAUGAUCCUCUGACUUUUCCUCUAGCGCCACCACAAGGUUCCCAUUUAGGUUCUUAGUGAAAUAUCUCAACAGCUAUCGGAUGGAUUGCCCGGAAAUCUGGUUCUGACAUUCAAGGUGCCAAGAUGAUGAAUCCUCAUGACUUUGGUGAAACCCUGACUGGUCAUGUAGCGCCACCAGCAGCUCAAAGUUUUUACUUAUAGAGUGAAAUCUCAACAUCUACUUGACUUUAGUGAUCCCAUUGCUUUUCCUCUAGCGAUAAGGAUAACAUGAGUUGUUUUUAGUGACAUGUUUCAACAAAUAAUGGAUGCCAUCAAAUUUGGCACACACAUUUAUGUUCCCCUCAGGAUGUAUGAACUUUGGUGAUACCUUAGCUUUUAACCUAGUGACAUCAGGUCAAAACAAUUAUCCGAUACUACCUGGAAAAGUGAUAACAUUUCCAUCAGAUUCCAGUGUGGCCAAUAACAAAUAUGUCACAUCCAGCACUGAAGUAAACCUGAAGGCCACUGAAAUCAGUGUUUACUGUUUCAUUUAUUUUAUAAGUUUAAGUGCAGUUAAAGACAUUAAAUGUGUGAGCAGUUGAUAACGAGGAUGAUGCCAAAUGUUUAAUUAUGGCUUUUUGUGGAGCAAUGACUGCUACUCCUGUACAGAGGUGUGCAUGUAGAUGCAUAGUCGAAGCCAAGAUUGGUGGGAUUGUGACAUGAAUGGCUUCACAGAAACAGAAACCUUCCACUGACUACCUCCAUCGCAGCUGUCUUUCAUAUUCACAGACUCCCACUAGCACCAGAAUUGUGGUGAAUGGGAAUCCACAGUGACUCACUCUGAGGUUCCAUUGCAAAAAAAUCAAACCUGUAUCUGGUUUAGGACCACAUAUUGAAGUGAAAAGAUCAGAUUUCCUGUGAUUUGUGCUGAAAAAACAGACACAUAUGAACAAAAAACAAAUCAGAUUUGGCCACUUUUGCCUGCAGUCUCAACGUAGCAGGUUUGUAUCACAUUAAUCAGGGGUCUCAUGUUGAGUUUCUGUUUUAACGAAAUGUAAAGUGAAGAUAGAACAUCCUGUGUAUGAGUCACUGCAAACAACACAUUUUCCCCUGCAAGCGUACGGCCACUCAACAGCAUCCUCUCACUCUUAAACCUAAUGUGGUUUUUAUAGAUGUACCACCACAUCUGCUUAAUUUGCAUCCACCUUGUUUGUUUGACAGGAACACGCUUGUUUUUUUUUUUUU